AUGGCUCCCGUUCAACCCCAACCUGUCGGUGGUGCUCGCCCCACUCCCCUCUCUGAGGCAGCCCACGCUUGCCAACCAUCAUUUUCCACUAGCAAAAUACCUCAGACUGUGAGGGACGGUGCCGUCCUUCCAACAGAGAAGAGCUUUUCCUGUACUGAGUGCGGGAAGUGUUUCUCAUCUAAUUCUAAACUUAAUAGGCAUAAAAGAUCUCACACGGGGGAGAAGCCAUAUUUCUGUCCUGAGUGCGGGAAAUGUUUUUCACAGACGUCCAGUCUUUCCACACAUCAGAGAUCUCACACAGGGGAGAAGCCAUAUUUUUGUCCUGAGUGCGGGAAAUGUUUUUCACGGAAGUCCCAUCUUUACUCUCAUCAGAGAUCUCACACAGGAGAGAAGCCGUAUUCCUGUCCUGAGUGCGGGAAAUGUUUUUCACAAAAGUCCCAUCUUUCCACACAUCAGAGAUCUCACACAGGGCAGAAGCCGCAUUCCUGUCCUGAGUGCGGGAAAUGUUUUUCAGUGAAGUCCAGUCUUUCCACACAUCAGUUAUCUCACACAGGGGAGAAGCCAUAUUUUUGUCCUGAGUGUGGGAAACGUUUUUCACGGAAGUCAAAUCUUUACUCGCAUCAGAGAUCUCACACGGGAGAGAAGCCGUAUUCCUGUCCUGAGUGCGGGAAAUGUUUUUCAAAGACGUCCAGUCUUUCCACACAUCAGAUGUCUCACACAGGGCAGAAUCCGCAUUCCUGUCCUGAGUGCGGGAAAUGUUUUUCAGUGAAGUCCAGUCUUUCCACACAUCAGAGAUCUCACACAGGGGAGAAGCCAUAUUUUUGUCCUGAGUGCGGGAAAUGUUUUUCACAGAAGUCCCAUCUUUGCGCACAUCAGAGAUCUCACACAGGAGAGAAGCCAUAUUCCUGUCCUGAGUGCCUAAAAUGUUUUUCACGGAAGUCCCAUCUUUACUCACAUCAGAUAUCUCACACGGGAGAGAAGCCGUAUUCCUGUCCUGAGUGUGGGAAAUGUUUUUCACGGAAGUCCAAUCUUUACUCACAUCAGAGAUCUCACACGGGGGAGAAGCCGUAU